GGGGUGGGUGGAAGUGAUAGUGGAUGAAGUCAAUAGACGUUUUGACUGAGGGAGAAUGGUCCACGACUGUGUGACGGCGGGGGUUGUCGUCUUGGGUGGUGGGGUGACCAUGCUGGAGGUGGUGGUGGAUGAAGGCGGGGGUGUGGAUGACGUGCUAGCGAAGAGGGCGGUGGAUGUGGAGGCGGAGGAUGGAGGAAGGGUGGUGGCACCCAAGAUGGUGGAGACGGAUGUUUUGAUGUCGUCGAUGGAUGAGUGGAUGGAUGUCACCAUGCGGAGGAGUGUCGCGAGAUCGGUGGCGGCAUCGGGUGCUGGUGUUUGCUCGCCUGCAAGGUUGCAGGCAAUGCUGUCGACGGAGUCGGUGCGGAUGCCAGACAUAUCAAUGCUGGAUGAUUGGGCCAUGGUGGGGGAGGAAGCGGUGGUAGCGGCGGAUGAGGUGUUAACAAAAGAUGAGGUGUCGGCGGCGGCAGCAGCGGCGGUGUCGGUGGCAGCGCGUUGAGAGUCCCUAGUUGUGCGUGUCAUGCCCGGGGGGGGGGGGGUGUCCUAUUUACAAGGAUAGAGUAACAUCAAUUGAUUUAGCGAUGAAGAUAAUUUCCAAAUAGAAUUCACAAAUGAAGAAUUAAUUUUGAAUAAAUUAUUUCGGAAUGAAAUUUAUUCGAAAUU